UAUGAUCAACCGCAUGCAUACUAUGGAGUAUUUGAUGGUCAUGCUGGCAUAGAUGCAGCUGUAUACAGUGCUGCUCAUCUACAUCAGUACAUGAUUCAGAACCCACAAUAUGAGAUGAACCCAGAAGCAGCACUCAAACACGCUUUCCACAUAACCGACACAAAUUUUGUCAAGAAAGCCAGCAAAGAGAAGUUGAAGGGUGGAACCACUGCAGUGGUGGCGCUGGUGAGGGAGAAGAGGCUGGUGGUAGCCUGGCUGGGAGACUCCCAGGCCCUGCUGGUGCGUAGGAGACACCCACUCAGGAUGGUUGAACCUCACAAACCUGAGCUCCCUCUUGAACGUGAACGUGUGGAGGAGAUGGGUGGAUGUGUCAUCAACAUCCAGGGAACGUGGAGAGUCUUGGGUCAGCUGGCUGUCUCCAGGGCUAUAGGUGACCGGGAAUACAAACCGUACGUGUCGUCAGAGUGCGAUAUCAAGUCCCUGGAGAUUGAAGGUGACGAGGACUUCCUCAUUCUGGCUUGUGACGGCCUCUGGGACACACUCACCCCAGAGGCUGCAGUCAAUGUCGUCUACGCUUACCUCACCCACAAUGACGGUGACACAGAGGGUGUAGGUCGGUGUCUGGUUGAAGCAGCACGUAACAAGGGUUCUGAAGACAACAUCACCGCUGUAGUGGUGUUCCUGCGUCCAGUAGCAACACUCAUGGAGGAGGAGGCUCAACGUCUUGCCCAGGGCCAGGUGCCCGACCCUGUGCCCGCCGUCGUUUUGUCCAAGGACUCAACCCCAUCGUCCAUCAAUGCCAUCUUCUCUCCUCCCAUCAACCAGUUCGAGUACAACUCUCCCACAAUCCCCACCUACAACCCCUUCGAAACAGAGAGCCCCCUGGGGGAGGCCUAUAACGAGUACAACAUGGAGACUGAGGCUGCUGCUGCUCCCACCUCCCUGGAGUUCAAGCACGGGGAGGAACCCAUGGAAGGCAGUGAGGCUCCGCAGGUGGGUGCCCACGACUCUGAUUCUGACGAAGCUGCUGCUGCCGCUGCAGGAGCCCAGGGUGUGGCCCAGCCCUUCAACCUGCACGAUGCACCCACACCCACCGCUGAGGAAGUUGAUGCAGCACUGGCUGAACUUGACAGCAUCCCAGACGGUGUUUGUGAAUCUGGUGACGUAGAAGAGGAAGAAGAGGAAGAGGAGGAGUGGUCUUAUUAUCGUAUGGAACCACAGACUCAGCCACAGAGUGAAGACGUACUGGUUCCAGGCAGUGCUGCAGCUGCUUUGCAGCCAAGCGAAGCAAUUUCACAAGCAGCUGAUAAGGUAGAUGAUCAGGAUUCUCUGAUUGUAGCAGAGCUUAACAAGGACCAGCCUGAGGGAUACUUAGAACUGACCAAAGGAGAAUUUGAGGACAAUCUUGAACCCAAAGAACUGAUUAGAGACACCCAGUCUCAGGAAUUGUUCCAUGGUUUCCAGGAACAGUCUGUAGAUCAGGUGGUCUUCCAGGAACCAUCUACAGACGAGCUGGUCUUCCAGGAUCAGCUUGGAAAACAGCUGGACUUGCAGGGUCAGUCUAGAGAAGAAUUUGCAACCUUGAAGGAAAGACCUCAAGACAAACUGGAUCUUUCUGUUGAUUUGGAGAAAGCACAAAGUAAAUUAAUGGAUGGUUUACAGUUCCAGCCUAAAGAGCAAUCCUCGCCUACAGAGGCUGAUCGGACGCUUGUGAUGGAGAGUUCUUCAGACAUCCUUCAGACUAGCACUGAGAGGCCUUUCAACUUUGAAGUCACUUCCGAUGGGGCAAGUUUGAUGGAAACUUCCAUGGUCAAAACUCCCGAUGGCAUAGGCAGCAGCAUCGAGCCCGCUAGUCCCCACGGUUCCAUCAGCCCACAUAUUCCCGGAAGUCCGAGGUCUGUGGAAGGUUUUGUCACAUCUGUAGAAUUAAAUGCUCCAGAAGAAAGCUUUGGAACCAAUUUUGCCAUUAACCAGUCUCAAGAUUUGUUUGUUGGUGCUGUGGACCAGCCAUCUGGUCCAUUUAGUGUGUAUGUGAGCUCUUCCCCAGAACCAGCUAGCUUGGACCCCUCUCUUCAGACAACCAUGGAUAUUGUUAAUGUUUCUGAAGGAGUCGCCAAUGGACUGGUGGAUGAUGACAUUAAAGUAUCUCAACCAGAGGAUUUCUCUCCAGUAGAAAUUGUUCAUGCCCAAUCCACAGUGGAAGUUGUUGCUCCUCCAUCCCCUGUUGAUAACAGAGAGCCAGAAAUGCAGUUUACUAUUCCUGAGCAAAUGCAGGAACUUUCUUCUCCUGCACAGAUACCUGCAGAUCUCUCCCUGUCUUCGGACAUUACUUUUAUUCCCGAACCUGUAGUGGAGCCUGUGGCGGAGGUACCAGUUCCAGUUUACAUAGAGGGAAAUACCCCAGUUUCAGAGGGUGAAAUGGAAGAUCUUGAUAUCUCAACAGAGGAGAUAAAAACAGAAGAGAUAAUUUCUGCUAAAGAUCAAAUUCCUGAAAUUGAGAAACAUGAUGACUUAACAGAAGAUACAAAGAUAGAAGAAAUGGUUUGUAUAAGAGAUCAAAUUCCUGAAGUUGAGAAACAUGAUGACUUAACAGAAGAUACAAAGAUAGAAGAAAUGGUUAGUACAAGAGAUCAAAUUCCUGAAGUUGAAAUGGCAACAAUUUCAAAUACUGAUACUGUACCUGCAACCAAGGAUGAGACACGAGAACUCUCGGAAGUUGUAAAAGCUCCUGUUGAAUCUGAAAUGGAUGUUGAAAUAAAAUCAGAGACUGUGGUUUUAGAUAAAAAUGAAACUAUUACUACAAUUGACUCUGAAAUAAUUAAUGCUGCUACUGUGAAUGGCAUACUCGAUGAGUCACCAGCAGUCAAUGAUGUGGUCAUUUCUGCUGUUACUGAAACUGUACCUGUAGAUGUUACUCUUGCUGAUGGAGAAAAAGAAAGCGAGAUGCUGAAGGUUGAUGCUACUGUGGCAAAGUCAGACAAAACACCUGCUAAAGGUACUCCUGUCAAGAGUCCUUUCAAAUCUGGAAAAGCUACUCCAGGCCGAGCAGUACCAAGCAAAUCCACUCCAACUAGAAGUCCAUCAACAAGGACAGCAGAAAAGAAAUCCCCAGUUACUCGAACCACAGCUGUGCCAGGCAAGCCUGCAGUUGAGAAGAGCAGUACUAUUAAACCAGCAACAACAAAACCUGUGACCAAACCAGCUACGACCAAACCUACUCUGACAAAACCUACUAAUACAAGACUUGCCACAAGGCCCACUCCAAGGACUGCCACUGCAAGGCCACCGACAACUACACCACCACCACCUCCUAAGGCUAUGGAAAAGAGAAUCGCCAAGCCUUCUACCCCAACAGCACCAAGAGCUGCAUCAAGCAAGCCAAGUGCUGCUGCUGCAGCAGCAGCAGCAGCAACUGCAAGCAAGGUUACACCAGCACGUCCUACCCCAGCUGCCAGAACUAUGACCAAGAGGCCUGUCACUGCUCCUAGCAAGACUACAGAAAAACCAGAUGAUGGCACUGUUAGAAAAGCAGCACCACGACCGACUACUGCUCCUCGCACCACCACAGCCACCACCAACACCACCACCACUACAACUGCACGCAAGGCAGCGACUGCGUCUACCAAGUCAGCGGCUGAGAAGGAAACCAAAAAUACCACAAACCGAAUUCUUUCUACAUCAAGACCUGCCCCAAAACCUCUUGCCGGAACAACCAAACCCACCCCGAGCAAAACUUCAACAGCACGCACUACAUCAGUUACUAAUGCCAAGGCUACGAGUAAGGUUAAUGGAACUUCUACUUCCACCAGCAAACCUAAAACCACAUCUACCACAAGAUCAGCUACAGCAAAAUCUACUGGUGUUACAGCGAGGAGGACUGUGGUCAGCAAAACGAAAACUUCAGCCACAGGAGGAAAGGUAGAAUCUGUUAAAGCAGGAAAGGCAGAGGUUAUAGAAACUAUCCAACCUGUAGUCAAUGGAGAGAACAAGAUUGCUGAUGAAGAGACUAGCGUAGAGGUGAUUGAAAAAUGUGUUGUAGAGGACAUAAUGCAGGCCUCAACAGAGAAGGUCUUCACAGAAAGUUCACAUAUUAUGACCACUUCUGAACAAGUGGUGACCACGGAAACUACUGAGGUGAUAGUGAAUGGAGACCACUGAAAUAGUAACAAGAAAAUGCAGAGACUUUUAAAAUGUUAUUUUUGUUAUUUUUAACAUUUGCAUUUUCAGUCAUAGGGUCCAAGAGUGUCCAUUUUGCCUAGUUGAAGUUGUACUAGUCUGAUUUUUUCCCAAUGACAAUGAAUAGUCAGGCUCGUGGUGGAAAAUUAAGGAUAUGUUUGGAUCCUAGCUUGUGUAUAGUCACCUUACUGCUAAUGUUAGGAGCUGAUAUUCUUGCUUCACUAAUAAAUGUGUACAGUAUGUGAUUACAAAAAAUGGUAAGGAUUGUCUUAAAUAUGAUGAGCAAUAUUAUUAUGUUUUUCACUUUUAGCAAUGAUUGCCAUAAAAAUAUAUAGUAAACUUAUUUUGUAAAGAAUUCAAUAUUUUGCUCUGCCUAGGUGCAUUGAUGUCCGUAAUAUACAGGCGAGAGUUUCCACAUUACUGUAUAUGAUUAUAAUUGAAUAGCAUGGUAAAGUUUUGCAGAAAGAAAUAGCUUUAAAUUGAAGUAAUAAAAUUUGUAAAUAGCUGGCAGAUAUUCCUGAGGUGCUAGUUCUCCUGUGUUGCAUUCCGGUAUUACCACUGCUUGUGAACUUUACCCUCUGUGGAGCCCCCAACCACCCACCCACCCCAUGCUUGUAGUAAAGUCCAAUAAUGGCACCCAUAUAGUGUGUGCGUGCGUAUGAAUGUGCAUAUAUACAUUGUAUAUAUAUAUAUACACAUGUACAUGUGUGUAUACACAUGUACCUGUGUAUAUAUAUGCGUGUGUAUACACUACACGUGUAUAUAUACAUUUAAAUGUGUAUGUAUACAGGUACACAUGCAUAUAUACAUGCACACAUGUGCCUGCAUACAUAAACAUGUAUACACUAUAUAUAUACAUAAAUUUAUAUAAAUUUUUAAAUACCAGUGUGAAGCUUUGCGACUGGCUGGGAAAAUGGAUGUGAUCAUUGUGGACAAAAGGCAUCAAUAAAGUUGCUUCAGACGUUAAAAAGUGCCUUUUUCCCAAGACUUUUUCAUUCCAUAUUAUUGCUGGAAGAUAACUACAAAUUUGUCCCCAGGCAUUAUUUAUUUAAUUUGGCAUUUUUUAAACUUUUAUUAACAGGUUCACGUGAAAAUUUUAUUAGGUAUAUUAUAUGCAUUGUCAAAAAUGAGUAUUGUAUAUUUUGUUUGCUUCCUGUCAUACUAAAUGUCAUUGGUUUCGCACAAGCCUCUGUAAAGUGUACCGAUUAUUGUAUUCAAAUAAAGGUAAAUAUAUACA